AUGCCAUACCAGGCUUACAGAAAAGGCGUGGUUGACUGCUCUACCCCUGUCGACACUAGUUUCGUCAAAGGCAAGAGCGUCGUGAUUACGGGAGGUGCUGGUGGCAUGGGCGAGCAAGCCGUGUACGCCUUUGUCAAAGCAGGAGCAUUUGUUACCUUUGGGGACCUGUCGGAUGAGGCAGGCAAAAAGAUUGAAGCCGAUCUCGCACCAAACGCUAAAUUUUGCCAUUGUGACGUGACCAGCUGGGAUGAUCAAUAUGCCAUGUUCCGGGCGGCAAAGGAAAUUUCGCCCAGCAAGAGUAUCGAUGUGGUUAUCGCCAAUGCUGGAAUCACCGGUCCAGAUCCUAUAUUUUACGGAGAAGAGCCUGAUGAGGAGCCCAAAAAGCCGACGCUCAAAGUGUUGGACGUCAAUGUCAACGGUGCAAUCUAUACACUCAAGCUAGCCCGGUAUUACUUCCUCAGGAACGAAGAAGGCCCUGGACGUGACCGAUGCUUUAUCAUUAUGUCGAGUCUUGCAGGCUACGGUGAUGUGCCGGGCGGACCAGUCUACAUGGCAUCCAAGUUUGCCGCUCGCGCUUUGAUGAGAUGCGUUCGAAGAACAACCGUCGUGGACGGAAUUCGUUCGAACGCGUUGGCCCCAUGGUAUGUGGCUACGGGCCUCAUGAGCAGCGCUGUACUCGAUCAUGUCAGGACGAAAGGCAUCCAAUUCGCGGAUGCAGCGGACGCCGCAGGAGCCAUGCUCAAGAUCGCGUGCGAGCCCUCCAUCAAUGGUCGCUGUUUCACUAUUGUGCCUCGCACCGAGGCUCCUUUUGGUUACUACGACAUGGACGUGGAUGAUUACUCUGACGGAUCCAAGGCCGACAUCCAGGAAUACACUAUGAUUAACACCUCGCACCGCAUCCAGGUCAAUCCGCAUGAUCAGUAG